UACGCAUUUCCUGUUCGCUACGAAGUUCCCCCUCUGCUCCACCGUCGAGCCCUGACGGCGAUGUUUUGGUGAAAACAAAAUAGUGCCUCGAAAAGGAACGCAAACACGCCUAAAACAUGACAUGUCGGUGGAGUGGCACCUAGAACGGCGCUGCGGAUAAAACGACGGUCGUCUUCGACGAAGUUUUUUUUUUUUUUUUUUUUUUUCUGCGGUCAGUCCUUGUGUGUUCCUCCGCAUGUCCGCUUUCCUCGUAGAUGGUCUGCGGCGAGCGUUGUCUGACGGCGGACGACAAGCUGUUGACGAGUAACAUGAAGGAGAUGAUCGGCGGUUGCUGUGUGUGUUCGGACGAACGCGGCUGGGCGGAGAAUCCGCUGGUGUACUGCGACGGCCACGGCUGCAACGUCGCCGUGCACCAAGCUUGCUAUGGAAUUGUUCAGGUGCCGACUGGUCCGUGGUUCUGCAGAAAGUGUGAAUCCCAGGAGAGAGCGGCCCGUGUGAGAUGUGAGCUCUGUCCCCACAAAGACGGAGCCCUCAAGAGGACGGACAACGGAGGCUGGGCCCACGUGGUUUGUGCCCUGUACAUCCCUGAAGUGGAGUUUGCUAACGUUUCAACCAUGGAGCCAAUAGUUCUACAGUCUGUCCCCCAUGAACGCUACAACAAGACAUGUUACAUCUGUGAAGAGCAGGGCAGAGAGAGUAAAGCCGCCACUGGAGCCUGCAUGACCUGCAACAAACACGGCUGCAGACAGGCCUUCCACGUGACAUGUGCCCAGUUUGCAGGACUAUUAUGCGAAGAACAAGGCUCUGAUGCAGAUAACGUCAAGUAUUGUGGAUACUGCAAAUACCAUCACAGCAAACUGAAACACAAGGAGCGAGACAGACACAAACCAAAACACAAGAAAGGCUCCAUGGACAUGUCGCCCUCUCUUGUUCUUCCAAACAUCAUGGUCCCCGAAAAGACCUAUAACAGCACCGCUUCUGGGGGAGGAGUAACCUCUCUGCCCGCGUCCUCUCAGAAGCGAUUAGACGACAACACUGGCCGCUUCACCAACGCCAACUUCCAGGAAGUGUCGUCCGCGCUCUCUGGGGGCGCCUCCAAGGAUGGCCUGGCCGCAGACUCGACCAAGGCGGCGGCCGAGGGCAAGAACAAGAAGAACAGCGGCGGCACUCACACGGUCGGACAGAGGGGCGCCCGCAAGUCUCUCACCUCGUCAGGGAAACCGUUACCCUCAGCGGUGGUCACCAUGGCUACCUCUUCCACGUCUGCCUCCGCUUCCACGGGGCCUUUCCAUCAAGGCCUGCUGUUGACCAGUUCCAGCAAGACCUCCGCUGCCCCUUGCUCCUCAGACUUCCUAAGUUUUACCGACCCGUCGCUGCGUCCUGGCAGUGGAACUUCGUUUUCCUCGCCGCCGUCUUUCAGCAGUUGUCUGGUCAAGUCGAGCUCUGAGGGCGGCGCAUCGGAGGGAACCACCCCUCUCUUUGGUUCUCUUAUGUCUGCGACUACGACUUCUGCAGCAGUCGGUGGAAAACUGUACGAGAACUCCCACAGUCACGCAGCGAGCGAAAUGACGAGCCUCGCCGGAUCGACAGGCUACAAACGCUCUCAGCCCGCUGGCAGCGGCCUGGGGAUGGGCACCGCAGUCGGUGGCGAAGAAGGCGUCAAGAAGAAGAAGAAGGGCAACUGGCGAAACCGAUUCGGACCCUGCUUUACCACGGACGUGAAGCCCAACGAGGCAGCGUCGUCUCUGCCGCUCCCCACCUCUUCGUCUGCCGCCAGCGCCACCUCCUCCUCAUCCUCCACCGCCUCCACCACUUCCUCCACAUCCUCAACGCUCUCAGGCCGACCAGGCUUGGUUUCCAGCAGCGGAUUAGGAGUAGGAAUAGGUGGAGAAAGGGGGUUAGGGGUCAUGGGCGUUGGCGUUGGCAUUCAGAAAUCCCCGUCGCUCCUCAGGAACGGAGGUCUGCAAAGCAACAGCAGCUCCACAACCGCUGGCUCAGGUGUCUUCUCCGCCGCCGACGGGUCAUCGUCGGGGACAGCAGCCGUCGCCAUGGGCGGGGCGAGCGCCGAGUUGUCACAGCAACAGCAGCCCACACCUUCCCUGGCGCCUCCCUCGCCAUUCACCGCCGCGGCUCCACUCAACAGCACAACCUCCACACACGCUCUGCCGGGCUCCGUGUUCAACCUGGCCCCCCCCCACAUGUUCGGCAACAGGCUGAACCCCAACUCCAGCAUGGCGGCUCUCAUCGCUCAGUCCGAGGCCUCACCAGCAGAUCAGGAGGUGGGAGACGGCAGCAGCGGAUCUCAGGGCUUCUCCAUUAGAGCUUCUCCUAAGACCACCCCGCGCUCUCCCAUUGGCGGCCUGCAGAUCCGCUAUGACUCCUCGGGGUCGUUGCCGGGGCCAGGGCUGGGGUUGCUAGGGGCCGGUGGCGUCGGCGGUGGGGAGACGCUGCCCCCGGUGGCCACCAGCAUCGAACAGCUCCUGGAGAGGCAGUGGAACGAAGGGCAGAGCUUCCUGAUGCAGCAGGGAGCGCAAGGAGACGUGGUGGCCAUGUUGAAGUCUCUCCACCAGCUGCAGGAGGAGAACAGGAGACUGGAGGAGCAGAUUAAAACCCUGACCAUGAAGAAAGAGAGACUCCAGCUUCUCAGCGCACAGUUAUCAGUGCCUUUCACCCCGAGCACUGUUUCCUCGGGUGAUGUGAAGGGGUCCCACCUCGGAGCUACAGAUUCUUCUUUACCAGUGACGACUCAGGACACUGCGUCGUGCGGCGGUCACAGCAGCAGCGGCUCCACCUCCUCGCUCUCCACCUCGCCCUCCGUCUCCCAGAGCCCGCCUCAGCCGGCGCUGAACGGCAUGGGCGCCACGGCCGCACUUGGCGGCGUCGCCGGGCUGAUGGGCGCUCUGGGCGCAGGAAACGCGCUGGGCAUCGGCGGGAUCGUCGGAGCGCUGAACGGCGUGAUCCAGACGCCGGCGGGCCCCGGCAGCCCCCACACUACAGGAACAGCGGCAGGCAUCAUGCUCCCCGUUAACAGCAGCAGCGCAACAGGUAGUAAGAGCAGUGCCGCCCGGCUCGGCCUGCUGUCCGAACAGCAGCGUCUGCUUCAGCAUCAGCUGCAGCAGCUGCUGUCCUCCCAGUCGUCUGCGGACCAGCAGCAGCAGGCGCUGCUCCUGCAGCUGAUCCAGCAGCAGCAUCAGGACCUGCAGCAGCUGCAGUCCCUCUCCUCCACGGCUCAGAUGCCCUCCAUGCCGCUGUCCGGCGCUCAGCUGCCCCUCACCAACCUGCAGAGCCAGGGCGCCAUCACCGCCAACCCUUUCCUCGCACUGCAGCACGCACACACCGACACACACAGCUCAGGGCCGGGAAAGCCCCGGGUGGCAGAAAAAGCCGUGGGCAUCACCGGCCAAGAGAAGACAUGACACUUUUUUUAUUGUUUGUGUUUAAUUGACUUUUUUUUUCUUUUUUAAAAAAAUACUCUUUAUUAAAUAUGCACAGUAGUAAGAUCAACUUUUUGGUCAGAGUCCAUCAGCUGGACAGAAGAGCAAACGUUAAAAGUGUUGCCAUUCGUCUCAUGGAUUUCCUCCCUCACUCAAACUGGGCCGGCUCACUUCGGUUCUGCAGCUUUUUCUGGUUUAAAACUUGACCCUGAAUUCUGUUUAUGUGUGUGUGUGCUAUUUAUUUCAGUCUAACUUAUAGUUGUGUUCUUUUUAACUGCUUCUUUGUCCUUAAUGUCUUUAGUUGGGUUUUAAUUUAAUAUUCCUAUUAGUUUCUCUAUAAGUUAGUUUCACCAUGUAGCAUUGGAGUAAAAUACAUGUGUAUUUUUUUUCCCUCAUGUUUUUUUCUUUAUUUUAUUUUAUUUUUUUGGAGCUUGAGUCAUCUAAAAGGUCAAUUUCCAAGAAAGUUUAAAGCUAAUCUUUUCUGUCAUAAUUCUGACUCUUGUCUCGUCUCGGCUUCUUCUCUUCGUUUCUGUCACGAUGUUUCACUCUCAGGGGCCUCCGCUAACCAGAGCUGUUAGCUCGACAGCCGAGCUGGCGCACAGAAAACCUUCAAACCUAAAAAUCACAAAAAAGAAAAAAAAAAACAUCAACAAAAAAACGGAAACAAGCAGCAAUACAUGAAUGAGUAUAAAAGUACACUUCCCUAGAAUAGCACUGAACAGUAGCAGAUGUAUGUUUGACAUCUGUCUCGCAGCAGUCCCGAGGGGAAUAUCGGGUCAGCGUUGUGAAAAGAAAAAAAAAAAAGAAAGAAAUCGCCCCACAUGUUUCUGGCUGCUGCUUCUCUCCCAACGUCUCUUUCACUCUGCGCGCUGCAGAUCCAUUAAUGUCAGCGAGCCAAGCGUCGCACUGUCACCGCAGUAGCCUUGCUGUCGUCUGUCUCUUCCCUGGGCCAGAUAACGGGGGGCUCAGUCAUGUGAGACACUUACAGGAUGGGGUUUGGAGGAGGGUUAAAAAGAAAACUCAAGAUAUAAAGGCAGCUUGUUUCGAGAUGCUGUAAACCACGUAGCUUGGAGUCCAAAACAAAAAAAAAAGUCAUGAACUUGUCAGCAAACAAAGCCUCUUUCCUGCCCCGUCUUCCUGAUUGAGUCCCCCGCUUGCACCUACCUCUUUGAGCAGGACCUAAAAGGCCAACCGCGGCGGUCGCUUUUUUAAAAAAAACAACUCAACAGUCAGGACUGGCCGUUCAGGCUCCAAACACAAGUGCCUGAGGCCAAAUAGGUGGGGAGGGGGUGAGAUUUUUGUGUUUCUUUUUACAUUGCUAAUUUUUUACAGCGCUCCUGGUGAUUAUGCUGCAUCUAAUUAAAUACUUUCCGACUCUUAACAAAACGAGGAAAAUUUAUUCAGCUGCAUUCUGUAAUAUAAAAAAAAAUACAAAAUACAACUUUUAUGUGGUGUUUUUUUUAUUAUUUAUCUGGAGUGUUUGUGUACUGUGUGUAAAUUUCUGUAUUUUAAAAAACAAAGUCACUGAUUUUCUUUUUUUUUUUUUGCAAUUGAACAUAAUUUUGUACUACUGUGUACAGGUUUUGUUUUUGUUCUUUUGACCUCCAACACAGUCUGAUUUGCUGUAAACUCCCUCUGAUGUCUGCUCUGUGUCACGUGUUUGAAAAGCUACAAGCUAUUUAAUAGUUGCUUGAUUUGGGGGAGGCGGGGGUGUACAUAGCUGCUCGUAGGGGCAGAGGAAGUGUGUUUGGUGGCACAGUCUUUACCUCGUUAAGUGUACAUAAACCUUUCUCAUUGGCCGUUUGGUGUACAUAAGUGAUUGUGAUUGGCCGUGACGCCAAUGAAGCCUCAAGUUUGUGUGUGUGAGAGUCUUUUUAGGACCAGAAAAAUAAGAUUUAACAGUGACUGGACACACAAAAGUAUUAAUUUAUUUUUAUAUGUGCAGGGACAUUGUGGUUUUUUCCGUUUUUAAGGUUUGCACCAUUUUCUCAAUUAUUAUUAUUAUUAUUAUUAUUUUUUUUUUUUUUUUUUACUUGGGCACUAUGAUUUAAUUUGUCCACACAAAUGUGUUUCAAUCAGUUUUGUAAAAGUGGGGAAAUAAUUAAGGUGGAUUGAGGAGUGGGGUCUCAUAUUGUAUUUCAAAAUGCAAAAAUAAACUCUGGAUUAAGAAAA